CCCCUAUCAUUUCAUUAGUAAGUAUUUCCUUACACGUCUCUGAAAGAUAAAGAUUCCUUUUUCAUGUAGUGUGAUAUCAUUAUCAUACUUUAAGACCUUCUCUAAUAUAAUUGAAUAUGGGAUAUCUAGUCAAUGUUCAAAUUUAUCUAUUUUCCUCAUUUUCCUUUUUUGUUUGUUUGUAUCAUGAUUCAGAUAAAGUCCACACAUUGCAGUUGGUUGACACACCUCUUUUGAUCCCUUUUAAUCUAUAGGUUCACUCUUCACUGUCUUUUCCUUGCAAUUUAUUUUUUGCUAAACCGGACCAUUUAUUCUGCAAAGUUUCCCACAGGCUGGAUUUUGCUGAUUACAUCCCACAGAGUUAAAUGUUAAAUAUUCCUCUGUUUAACAUAUUGCUCUAGCCACUGUGUGUCUUGUGAACUGGUAGUUACAUCUAGAGGCUGAAUCAAAUUCUCUUUCCAUACUUUGUCAAGAAUACUGUAUGAUGUGCUGUGUACUCCCACCAGGAGGCACUUAAAUUAACGUCGGUUCCCUGUGUGUGUGUGUGUGAGAGAGAGAGAGAGGGAGAGAGAGAUGUUGACAGUUGGUGAUUGUUGCUGCUUAAAUCCAGCAAUUCAUUAGAGGUUUCACAAUCUUGUUUCAGUCAUUUCUUUGUUUGUUAUCUAGAAUAUUUUUAUAAAGAGAAACUCCUGCUCAUCCGCUAUUUGGUUAUCCUGAGGUACAGUUUAUAUAGAGAAGGCAGGAAAAAUACCUGAUUCUUUCCCUUUAUUUACCAAUUUUCAAAAUAAUUAGUGGGCGCCAUUAACCAGCUAAUUAAUAAUAUUCUCCAAAGAUAACCAUUGAAACAGAGACAGACAGAGAUGGGAGGGGAUGGAGGGAGAGGUGUGUGCUUCAUUAGGAAUUCAUGAAUUUAAAAAUAUUGGUGUUUCAAUCCAUUGCAUUCGUUCCCGCUGGUCAAAGAUGAGACAGUAGUAAAAUUGUCCCGUCUUUGGCCAGUGGGAGCCCCUUCGUGCUGGCUCCUAAUCCUUCUGAUAUGGUUCUAGUGGUCUUUGACAGCUUUCCCAUUUUCUGUAUGUUAGGAUAUUCUAGUCUGGAAGUGUGGUCUGAGGAUGCCUGGGGGGGGGGGGUCCCUGAAAUCCUAUUAUAGGGGGUCUAUGAAGUCAAAACAACUUUCAUAACAGUACUAAGACAUUAUUUACCUUUUUUAUUUUCUCCAGAGACCAGAUGUUGGCUAUUAGAAUGUGUACCUGGAUAUUCUUGUGGUUUCUAAGGUAAACUCUUUGGAGUCUUCAAUAAUUCCUAAGAAUGUAAAGGGAUCCUAAGACCGAAAAGCUUGAGAGCUGCCGUUCUAGGCUCAUCUUUUACAGUUCUGGCCGCAUACAUGGAAUCACUGGUGACCUUAUAAGUUAGCUCCCUUAGUUUUCAAUUCUCCUUUUUUGUGUGAGUCAUCUGCUCUGAGUCCCACAGCUAAUGAGUAGCAAAACCAGAAUUUGAACCUAGAUAUUUAUGCAGUAGUUUUUUUUUUCCCCCCAUAAAACAAUCACUCCUGUCCAAACAUUUAUGAUUAAUUGAAGCUUAGAAGCUGUAAACAAUGCCCGCUACGUGAGACAUGUACAUUUCAGGGGCCACCAAGUAAAAUUAGCAGUUCUUCUUUUCAAAUGGAAUGGCCAUCAAAAAGGGAGAAACAGAUGUAGAGGCAGGAUGAGUGGUUGCUAUAGCUUCAUGGUAUAAUGAAAAACAAUGCUCCGAAUAUGUUGUUUUUCUGGUCACGGAAGAGAAAUUCAAGAUGCAGUGGUAGUUCAUUAGAGUGUUAACUUUCGCAGAUUUCCACCAUCGGGAGAAAAGCUUCCUUGGCAUGGAUUUCAGUAAUGGCUCAUGCAUUGUUCACUCCUUUCUGAACCCAGGAUCCAACUGAUUGCUUGACCACAUAGCUUAGAAACACUUUUCUUCAUCUUGUACUUAGUUGCAAUCCUGCAAGAAAGCAUCCUGAAUUUUCAAAGCUGAAUAAUGAUGCCGUAAGCCUGGGACUCUGAUUUUUCUAUCACUGAAUAGUACACAAACAUCUAAAAGAUGGCUACUUAAAACUGGCUUUUGCUGUUCUGGGUCCUGGGCUGGGGGGUGUCUUUAUUUUGUCUCAUUCUGUUGAGCUAAACUCGGUCGCUCAUUAUUUCUUUCUCCUUUCCCAAUAACUGUAGUUUCUCCUGGGUAACAAAUAAAAUUAACUCAUAUUUCUCAGGCACAUGGAAGAGAUUCUAUCAUAUGAAAAGGAAAUGUGCUUCCAAAACAGCUAUCAGUGGCUUUCUGAAGUCAUGUACGUACAGGAGAGAAGCAGCCUUACGUAAUGUCCUUGAGUAUUUACCAACAUAAGAGGCACCUGACAGUGUCAGGUGCCAUCUGGAGAAGUGUCAUCACAUAGGAAGCUUGGAUCAGAGCCCACAUCACUGUUGAGGUGCUUCCUCAUUACGUUGUGGUUCAGAUGGGGAGUGAGGCAAAGAGUAUGUCAAGGGUUUCAGGGCUCUUAGUAUAAUAUAGAUUUCUUUGUUGGAAGGUAGAUGUUAAAUGCUAAAUAAGUUUUUGUGUUUAUGAGCAAAUUCAUUUUUUGCUAGAGCCUUGUUGGUUAUUUUUCUCAACAUUGAAUCUGUCGUAGUGAAAUGAUUUAAAUGUUUGCUUUAGGUGACCUGUUGCAUUCAGAUUUAUGUAUUUGGAAAGUCAGAUGCUUGGGUUUUUCUAGCAAAUCAUCUCAUUGACUUUGCUGAAGAUAGUUUUAGAAUACGUGACAGUCAGCUUAUGAAGUGGAAGGUAGUCUUUCAUGGGGAUGGGUGCUACCAUUGGUCAUAUCCAAAUUUUACCUUCUUUCAUAUUUGUCCCCUGGACCAGAUUGCACAGAUUUUUAAGUUUCAUGUUAAAUUCACUGAACAGACCCAUCUGCAUGUGGAGAGCAUGUGGUAUAUGACGAUGCGAGCCUUGAACUUAUGGCUGGAGAAUGCCAGGAAUUUGAGGUUCUGGUGUCACUGAGGAAAAUGGCCCCGCCUUUCUGUGCUUUGGUUUCCUGUUUAGAAAGUUCUGCUCCUUCAUAAGGACCUUGAAGUACGAAGAGGAAAGGUGCUUGGUGUGUGGAGUUUUCCAUCAGAUGCAGUCCUAACUAAAGGCUGGGUUGAAGAAAAUUCUCUGCGUGCCCUCCUCGCUUGUUCUACAAUGAGCGCCAAAUCUGCCAUCAGUAAGGAAAUUUUUGCACCUCUUGAUGAAAGGAUGCUGGGAGCUGUCCAAGUCAAGAGGAGGACAAAGAAAAAGAUUCCUUUCUUGGCAACUGGGGGUCAAGGCGAAUACUUAACUUAUAUCUGCCUGUCAGUGACAAACAAGAAACCCACACAGGCGUCCAUCACGAAGGUCAAACAGUUUGAAGGCUCCACGUCGUUCGUGCGGAGAUCACAGUGGAUGCUUGAGCAGCUCCGCCAGGUUAACGGCAUCGAUCCUAAUCGGGAUUCCGCAGAGUUUGAUUUGUUGUUUGAAAAUGCUUUUGACCAGUGGGUAGCCAGCACAGCCUCAGAAAAAUGCACCUUCUUCCAGAUCCUCCACCACACCUGCCAGAGGUACCUCACGGACAGGAAGCCCGAAUUCAUUAACUGCCAGUCGAAAAUCAUGGGAGGAAACAGCAUCCUCCAUUCAGCGGCCGAUAGCGUGACCAGCGCCGUGCAGAAAGCAAGCCAGGCCUUGAACGAGCGCGGGGAGCGGUUAGGCCGAGCGGAGGAGAAGACGGAAGACAUGAAGAACAGCGCCCAGCAGUUUGCAGAAACUGCACACAAGCUUGCCAUGAAGCACAAAUGUUGAGAAACUGCCUCUCCCGGUGACGCUCUUAGGAGAAAUGGAAGAGUUUGUUCAGCAGUUUUUACAAGAAUUCUGGACCUCCGCUUGCUUCUUUUUUCCCAAUAUAUGGACAUUUAGUUGUUUUUUUUUGUUUUUCCUUUUCAGAUGUUAAGAUGUUGAGUUUUAUACAUUUCCCUAAUGAUCUUGCUAAGAAAUGCUGCAUAGCAUCAACUUGGUUUUUUUCCCACUGUGUGUAUGUGUGUGUUUGUAUGCGUUUUCCCUUUUUUUUUUAAAGUUUUGUUUUUUGGUAGUUUGAAUAUGAAAUUUGGACCAGAUGAUAUACUGAGCUGAGUCUAAACUGACAGCUUGUAUUUUUUUUUUCCUAAUAUUAAGCAGGAAGACAUUUUAAUGUGGUGACAUCACGUGUUAUUGUUCCUGGAUGGAAAUAAAAGUCAAGCAGCGAUUGCCUUCUCUGUCUCCUAGCUACUCUUAAUUUGAAGGUUAAGAGCCUCCAUCCAGAGACAUACGUCUGUAUUAUGGAAAACAAUUGGAUUUAUCAGGGGAAACAGCAGUCUUAGAUUUUGCUUUUUAUGUAGCAAUCUCCUGCAUGAGCUAUCACCAGCAUUCAAAAGAACAAAUCGGAAUCACAGAUAGAAAUCUACUUUCUGAGCUACAGUUUAAGUACUUCCUGCUCCUUUCCAGCCUGGGUAUUUGGAAUUAUCAUAUGAAGGAUAAAAAUUUGAGAUUAAAGACCUAAGGAGAAGCCUAUUUAGAAGCCUCAGUGCAUUCAUGGAUGUUUCUUUCUUUUGUCAUUGUCGCAAAUGAUGUAGCUGGCAUUGAAAAGAGCUUGGAUUUUUAUCAAGAAUUGAUUUCUCCAGAUGGAGGUAAAUGAUAAUGUGAAAAGAUACUACAUUUAAAAUCUUUCCUCUUUUCUUUCUAUAAAGUCAUGGCUAUUUUAGAGACACUCUCACAAUGUCCUUGGGAAAUGGCCUUCAGUUUCUUGGAAUCUGAUUUUUGGAGGCUUUGAUGUUGUUAUUGCUGUCUAUUUAUUUCAUGUAAUUUAAAAUGUAGUUUCUUGACAAACUGCAUUUCAUGGCAGUUGCAACUCGCCUGGUCUGACACGAAACAGCCCAGUCACGAAGCCUUUACAUUGCAGUCAGAUUGAAUAAAGUUGGUUCACAUACCUCCUGAUUUUGUAUUACUCAAGAGAGUACUGGGUUUAGAGUCUGGGAGUUUUGUUUCUUAGAGGGUUAAAAUGCUAAACAUAGAAGCUGUGCUUUGUCUACAUGAUACAACGAGGCAAGCUGCACGUCCCAGACGCAUCCUCAGCCCCGCGCUGCAGUGCAUUGAUCUCUAAACUGCCUGAAUCUUAGGGCCCCUUUCUAUUCCUUCCUAGCCAUUGAGCCAACUGAGUCCACGUGUAUUGUAGGCUCUUACAUAGCAGCAUAAGAGGACUGUUGGAUUGUUUAUGCUGAUUUAAACAGCUUCAUUUCUCCUGAUAAACCUUCCUAAGAAGAUAGGAAGUUGGACUACUGGAAAAAAAUUAUCAUAGAUUGUACAUGUCAAAAGUGAGAUGGGAUCUGCUGAAGACAAAUUUCUGAAUCCUCUUAGGGAGAUGAUCUAGUUCAAGAAAGCUGUCUGUAAAACUUAUAUGGUAUAUGAAGUUACUGUGAUAUUUUGUACUUUUGUUGUCUAAAAAGUUUAAAGAAGCAAGUAACUUGCUAUCUGGUGAGUACCAUUAGAAUCAUUUAUAAUUUCUAAGAAAAGCCGGAUAUAUCACUCCAAAUAGGUUUAUUUGCAGACUUGAGUUCAGAAAACACACACACACACAGUCUCACCUUCCCAAAUUGAAUUCUAGCUUCAGAGAUAGGCAGUUGCUAUAAAUAACUGAAAGAGUCAAUCUAAAGCCCCCGACAAUUGGCCAAACUCAAAAAUAAAAUUUGUUGCCAACUACCUAACAAGUGUUUGCGAAGCUGCUUCUAAAGUAGCAGAGGAUGAGGUCAUAAGCAUACUGUGAAACUGGCGAUCCUCCCUCCCUGGUGGAAUUGUGAUAGUUACUCUUCAUAAAUGUAAGUAUUCCACAUCUUGGUCUCUUUCCUCACUCUCAGUUUACUCUUGCAGACUUAAGCCUUAUUGAAUAUAGCCCGGCUUAGAAGCAAGCCUUUCUGGAUCUUUAUUAGCUUCUUCUAUUCAUCUGCUUCCGGGCCGUGGUCAUGCCCUUGACCUCCCUGUGUCAAAGUCCUGCCUAGGCCUCCACCCCGCAGAGAGGCCAUGACAGCAAUCCCUGUCCCUCCUCUACCUCCUGACCUCUUGCAGAGGAGCCCUGUGAUGACACACGUGAAGUUCUUUGCUGUCCUUUUGUAGAAGGUGCUGCAACACAAAAGAUUAAUACAAUGUAACCUAGAGAAAAUUGCUAAAAUGACUCGCAUUAUUGGGACCAAUUCAUUUGGGACCAAUUCAAUGGCCUACUAGAAACAAGUUUCUGUUUGUUUCAUUUCUGCACUUCACUAUUGAGUUUUUGGGGUACUAUAUUUCUGUGAAGGACUUCAUAAAUUGUAUUGAUGACGCAUAAAGAAAAGAAACUUCCCAGUGUUACCACUUCUUCCUGGAACGUAGCGGUAGUAUUCUUCACUAGUAUUAUUAGAUAUCUGUGUACAGGAAGUAUACAGUUAUUCAGGUUGAUGUUUCAUAUUAAAGAAUGUAUUUGUAAAGUGUAACAAGAUCAGUAGUUAACUUUUUUUAAGCUCUGAAAAAAUAAAGAUAUGUGUUAGAGUUAAACUUAUAGUGAAAUCUGUCUUAAUACUACUUUUGUGGCUAGCAAAGAUUGUGCAUUUAUGUACAAAUAUUUACAGAAUGCUCUAAAUAAGAGAUAUUAAAGAUAGGUUUCGCUUUUAAUUUUUAGAAUUGUGACACUGCUGAUGUUUAUUGUACAGUUAUGAAUUCUUUGGAAGUUCUCUAAGAUGUCAGAUAAUUUUCAUUUCUUUCAGAGACAAGUAACACCUGCUUUAUGAUUCGCUAUUACAGCAAACUCUAAUUUUGUCAUUAAAUAUUUUAACUCUGUGAUGAAA